ACUUGCCCUCAGCGAACUUAAGCAAUUACAACAUCACCGUGGUGGAAGGAAAGAGCAUCACAUUGUACUGUGAUACUACUGGCGGGCCACCCCCUAAUGUGUCCUGGGUGCUCACUAAUCUUGUUUCAAACCAUGAGAGUGACACAAGUAAGAACCCUGCCUCGCUAACCAUAAAGAAUGUUUCAUCCAUGGACAGUGGACUGUGGAUUUCCUGUGUAGCAGAGAACAUUGUGGGAGAGGACCAAGCCUCUGCUGAGCUCACCGUAUUCUUUGCACCAAAUAUCACGUUUAUUGAAUCUCCAACCCCGGACCACCACUGGUGUAUUCCAUUCACUGUGAAAGGGAAUCCUAAGCCCACAUUGCAGUGGUUCUAUGAAGGGGCUAUACUGAAUGAGUCUGAAUACAUCUGUACUAAAAUACAUGUUAUCAAUCAAAGUGAAUACCAUGGCUGCCUUCAGCUGGACAAUCCUACCCACCUGAAUAAUGGUGCUUAUACCUUACUGGCAAAGAAUGACUAUGGGGAGGAUGAAAAACGGGUUGAUGCUCAUUUCAUGUCAGUGCCUGGAGAUGGUAGUGGCCCAAUUGUGGAUCCAGACGUUUAUGAGUACGAAACCACGCCUAAUGAUCUUGGAGACACCACAAAUAACAGUAAUCAAAUCACUUCUACGGAUGUAUCCAACAAAGAGAAUGAAGAUAGCAUCACUGUGUAUGUUGUGGUGGGAAUUGCAGCACUGGUGUGUACUGGCUUAGUAAUAAUGCUCAUUAUUCUGAAGUUUGGAAGGCAUUCUAAGUUUGGGAUGAAAGGUCCUUCUUCAGUUAUCAGCAAUGACGAUGAUUCAGCCAGUCCCCUCCACCACAUCUCAAAUGGCAGUAACACUCCGUCUUCUUCUGAGGGAGGUCCUGAUGCAGUCAUCAUUGGGAUGACGAAGAUUCCCGUCAUUGAAAAUCCCCAGUAUUUCGGAAUUACCAACAGUCAGCUCAAGCCAGACACCUUUGUGCAGCACAUCAAGCGCCACAAUAUCGUUCUCAAAAGAGAACUAGGAGAAGGAGCCUUUGGGAAAGUCUUUCUGGCGGAAUGCUAUAACCUCUGUCCCGAGCAGGACAGGAUCUUGGUGGCAGUGAAG